UUUAGGGACUGCGCACGCAUAAGCAUCAAGCAAGCGGAAUUGUUCGAAGUUUUGGUACUAGGGGUUAAAUAGGGGACAUUGAAUUUCCUUCAUGACACACGCACACAUGACAGUUAAGGGGACAUGUGGUAAAUAGAUCAAUCAGUGCCAAAAUAGAUAUAAAAUGACAAGCGCCUUGGAAAUUUUAUUUGAACCUUUCUGGCACAACGACAGUGCAACUUGAGCAGAGUAUUUCAGUUGUGGUCACGUCACCAGGUGCGAUUUCUGUCAUGUAACAAAGGGUAAAGGCAUGAAUGUAGUGACGAAUUAAACUCGGGCAAAUUUGAACAAUAGAGGGGCGUGAUUUUGUUCAUUUCAGGACGAACUGUUGACCGUUGUUUUGUAAUUGAAAUUUCAACACAGGUCUGGUUCCGCUUGGGUUGCCAUUUCAUUAGCAUGAAUGAAUGUAAAUUAACUCUGACCACAAGACUAUCAUCGUGACGUUUAUUGUGGAAUGCACAUAUCAGGGGAAUACAAGUUAACAGUAUGCCACUAGAUCGCGCAGAAAGUCAAAGAUGGUUGUUUUACUUUCACUCUUUGUAAAAUGUGCUAUCAGCGCCUGCAGCUGUUUCAAUUUACAAGAAUAACGUGCUCUUAAGCUGGGACAAAAUGCGUCGACUUUUACAGUGGUUUGUUGGUCGUUGUCUUUCGUUUUCGCUGUGGCAGUUUAUUCAAAUUGCGAUCGUUGUGAGCUACUUGUCUGCUCAAUUUGUCCUUCAUGUACAACUAAGUACACGUCUCACGGAUGCCCUGGCAAGGCUAGAUAAGCUAGAGGAUUAUAUCAACGGCAAAGAGAACGAAAGAGCGCAGAUACAGUCUUAUGACACGAGGCCAGAUCAUGUUCACUCUCGUGGAAAGCGGCGCACGCACCAUGAAGGGAAUUUGAAUGACCUAUGGAGACGACUCGAAACCUUGGAAAAUCAUUUUACAGCGUCAAGAAACUUCAGCAUGCCUCCUGACCAAAGAUCAUUUUGUGUUCAGGGACCACAAGGAAGGAAUGGCAUGCCGGGAAAAAAUGGGAUACCGGGGCGCGACGGGAAGGACGGGAUACCUGGAAGAGACGGUGAGUAGUUGGCUGUUACCGCGAUUACCUCUGUUGUUGUGUUGAAUUCAGUUGAUGGCACGAAUUUCGCAUGACGCUGUGUUCGUGUUUAUUAGUGUAGGAAGAGAUGGCACUGACGGGCGCGACGGAAUACCGGGAAUGAAUGG